AUGCGUAGGUCACUACCUGUGCCAGAUCCUUAUUUUGAUUUUUUAACUCACAAAAAAUAUGGAAGAGUAGAUGAGGUUAUCUCUGAAGAGUUGCAAAACUCAGAAUUGGAACUAGCACUUGGUCAAGAUUAUUUGCGAAAAGAAAAUCAAAAACUUAAAAAGGAGAUAGAAAAAAAAAACUUGGAACUAUCACUUGGUCAAGAUUAUUUGCGAAAAGAAAAUCAAGAACUUAAAAAGAAGAUAGAAAAAAAAAACUUGGAACUAUCACUUGGUCAAGUUUGUUUGCGAAAAGUAAAUCAAGAACCUAAAAAGGAGAUAGAAAAAAAAAACUUGGAACUGUCACUUGGUCAAGAUUAUUUACGAAAAGAAAAUCAAGAACUUAAAAAGGAGAUAGAAAUAAAAGACUUGGAACUAUCACUUGAUCAAGAUUAUUUGCGAAAAGAAAAUCAAAAACUUAAAAAGGAGAUAGAAAAAAAAAACUUGGAACUAUCACUUGGUCAAGAUUGUUUGCGAAAAGAAAAUCAAGAACUUAAAAAGGAGAUAGAAAAAAAAAACUUGGAACUAUCACUUGGUCAAGAUUAUUUACGAAAAGAAAAUCAAGAACUUAAAAAAGAGAUAGAAAAAAAAAACUUGGAACUAUCACUUGGUCAAGAUUAUUUGCGAAAAGAAAAUCAAAAACUUAAAAGGGAGAUAGAAAUAAAAGACUUGGAACUAUCACUUGGUCAAGAUUAUUUGCGAAAAGAAAAUCAAAAACUUAAAAAGGAGAUAGAAAAAAAAAACUUGGAACUAUCACUUGGUCAAGAUUGUUUGCGAAAAGAAAAUCAAGAACUUAAAAAGGAGAUAGAAAAAAAAAACUUGGAACUAUCACUUGGUCAAGAUUGUUUGCGAAAAAAAAAUCAAGAACUUAAAAAAGAGAUAGGAGAAAAACGGUUAGAAUUAAAUAAAGUUAAAGAAGCCUUGGGACAAAAACAAUCAGAUGUAGACUUAUCAGUUAGUCAACAGCAAGAAUUAGUUGCUCAAAAACAGGAAAUAAAACAUUAUUUAAGUUUGAAGCAAACAGAAAACUUAAAACUUAGAGAAAAGGUUACUGAAUUGGAAAAAAAAGUGCAUUCACUAGAAAAAGAAUUAUUAGAAAGGAAAUUGAUUGGUUACAAAUCAGAGUUGAACAACCUGCUUAUUGUAAUAAAGGAGAAAAGUAAAAUGGAACAGAAAGAAUUAUUGGAUGAUUUAUUAGAGGCUCAAGUUGAGCUAAUAAAGUUUAACAAUACUUUUAUCCAAAAGCAACUAGAAAAAACUAAGAAUAAAUUAACUAGUAGUAGUGAAAUUAACAAAAAGAAAUGUUACAUAAAUUGGAUAUCAAGGUACGACACAUCUAAUUUAAAAGAACAAGAAAGUUAUCCAGAAACGAACCUGCAAUUUGUCAUGUGGGAUUGGUGGAUGUGA